AUGGCGGCCUCCUUCUUCCACUGCGCUCUCAACGGCGGCGAAGCAACGCGCACCGAGCCAGUACUAUUAGUCCUCUCCGUGGUCCUCGCCUUGGCGUCCUCCGCCUCGGCCAUCGAUGGCCGCAACCUCACCGCCGGGUUCAUCCAGGUGGAGCUCGCGGAGGGCAACUUCGUGGUGCAGAGCCCCUAUGAUGUGCCGGAGAACCAGCGCUACAGCUACGACAAUGUCACCGGCGUGCGCACCUUCUUGGUCUACGCCAGCGACAAGCCCUUCAACACUGUCACCGGCACCAAGCCCCGCACCGAAGUUCGCCUCACCUGCCACGACUACUCGUCGGGGGUGUGGCAGUUCGAGGGCUACGGCUACGUGCCGGCAGGGACCUCCGGCGCGUCGGUGAUGCAGAUCCACAACGAGGACGGCGGCGCGCACGCCACGACGCUGAUGCUGUGGGUCUACAACGGCACGCUGCGGUACUACGACCGGCAGGUGGUGGAGGACGGCAUCUAUGACCGCUGGUUCCGCCUCAACGUAGUGCACGACGUCGGCGCGUCGACGGUCGCCGUGUACGUCGACGGCGCGCCCAGGCUGGCCGCCAACGUCAGGCCCAGCGCGUUGCACUACUUCAAGUUCGGGGUGUACAUGGGGCAUCACGACGUGUCGCCGCUCGUGGAGUCGCGCUGGAGGAACAUCACCGUGUACACGAAACCCUAUUAA